AUGAAGGUUCAACCUGGAGCUCGAUGUUCGCAGCUGAGAGCUUCCUUGCGAGUAGUGAACACCUGGUCCAGAGGUGGCGUCAUUUGGCAUCGAAGGCUGAUGCGAGCUGGGGCCUUUGUGUUCAAAGGGCUCGCACUGCCCACGGCCGAAGCGGGUACUCUUGCCCUCGCGUGCGUUGAUUUGGCAGCCUCAGCAUCCCUUGCCAACACUGCGGCUGCCGCUACAUGCCCUGUCGAGGACAGGUGGAUGGUGGUGUACAAGUGGGUCGCCGUCCGGAGCAAGCCUUCACUUGAGGUCAAGAUCAGCUUGGACAAAGAGCCUCCGCUCCCACCCGCAGGCUCUCUUCGAGUUCGGCACAAUUCCCCAGAUGCCUGCUCCAUGCUUCGUGCCCUGGCUGCUUUUCCGGAGGGCUUUGAGAUGGUGGACUCGUGCAUCUCUGCAGAGCGGAAAACGAGAGAACGAGACGUCCGGGAUGCCUUGAUUGCCGAGUUUGCAGGAGUCCAGGCCCUCACCGUCUUCCAUCUACUUCCUAGCAUCUUGGAAGAAGUGGGAUGCAAUGAUUUGGGUGCCGACCAGUAUCGGCCACAUCCUGUUUCGACCUGCGUGCCUUGCGCCAUGGCGAGAAGAGAGGCAGAGGUGAGCGACGUCGGGGACCUUGAGCCGAUCAAGUUGGAAUGGACGCCCAAGGCGGUGCCACCAGAGAAGCUUGACCGGGGAGCUCCACGGCCGCCAACACCCGAUUUUCUGAAAAACCUGAGCUUCGAGAUGGUUGGUGGCGGCGGCGAUGCGCCAUCUCCAUCACGCUGUGACCCACCCACACAACCAGCGCAGGAGCCACAGCCGCAGGACCCUUCUGAUCCUCCAGAUGACAAGGAUGCCGUCCCAGCAAGCCAAGCUGACAGGCGCCAGGAGGCUCAGAGAGCAAAGGAAGAGGACAGGAGACAGAGGCUGAUCUCCGAGGUAUCAAGGAUAUCAAGGAUCUCUGGAACCGACGCUUCGAACUUCAUGCGAAUGCUCGAGUUGAACGUGGGCUACACAAUGAAAGAGCUGGAUCAGAGAAAACGAGCUUUGGUGCUUUUGUUGCACCCCGACAAAGCCGGCACCCUUGCGCAGGAUGCAGCUUUGGAGGCGCAGGCUCGACGCGCCUACGAUGCGGUGUGCAACGCGUACGAGGCGGCCAAGAACCAGCUGUCGUGGCAAAGCCCAGCACCGAGCGGUCCCCAUGCUGGUCCGCCUUGUUCACAACCGCCUCCAUCGCAGAGCUUCAGGAACCAGCAGGACUGGAUUGCUCUGAAUGCUGGGUACUGGUGCUUCCUGCGCACAGACGGCUCCUUCCGCCACGGCUCGGCAGUGGCCGGUGCCCACACCUCUGGGCGCUGGGAGCUCCAGGAGCCCCCGGGGGGCUUGACCCUGGCUUUGGUGCUGGCACUGCUGCUCGACUCAGCUCUCAGCGUGCAGGUGCCUCAGGCUUUCUUGGCCGUGAGCUCUGCUGCCAGCUUCUCGAGGUUCCCGAUGUUCCGCACUGCUAUCGCAGACUACCGGCCUCUGCACAACAGUUUCCAUGAUGCACAACAACAGAGACUGGAUCUUUCGCCUGAGCACUUCGACAUGUCCUUGCCAGCGCAGCACGAGGCCUCCUCGGAGCGCACGGAGGUCCUUAAGGAGUUGGCCGCCUCUAUCUCACCGCAAUUCCAGACGGUGGAGCUCGAUCUGCUCGAUGAGGCCGCAUUCGUGUCGCUGCUGAAGGAUGGCAGGCGAGAUGGGGACGUGGGCGGUCAGGCAGCGGAACGUGCAGCUUUCUUACAUGUGACAAGGCCGAGUGUGGUGUUCCACCUGGCCGGUAUCUUCCGUCGCGUCCCUGAUCCAGCCAAG